AUAAAAAAUAAAUAAACAGCUUUUUUUCUCCAUCGUACACAGGAACAAAUGCAAACAGCUUUUUUCUCCAUCGCAAACAGCUUUUUCUCCCGUGGAGGCAGCGCACACACCUUUCUUCAACCUCCGUCGCCUAUUCGCUUGUGCUUGGUCAAGCCCAGAGCCACGGAGGUGCGUUGCCUCGCUCGUCCCCACGGAGGUGCGUGCCUCGCUCCUCGCCGCCAUGGGUCGCGUUCGAGGCGGCGGCACCCUUGCUGCUGCACUACUCGCUCCACUGCCUCCAUUGCCGCCUGACUCGCUACAGCCAUCACUCGAUUUGCUUCACCGCCACCGCUCGAUUGACUCCACUGCCGCCGAAAUCAUUCUUUAUUCGGGAAGAAUCGACUCUACUUUUCUCUCUCCUCCCCAUGAUUUGAUUGCUGCAGUCGUUGGGUCGAGUCAUCCGUCUGCCACAUUGUGAGUUGCUUUUUCUUCCCACGGGAGAAGCCAUACCAGCCCACCGCGCUCGGCUUCCAGUCAACGAUCCGCAUGCCAUGGCCCUCUUGAGCCGCGCGCCUACGCCUCCCUUCUCGCCCAAUGCUCAGCAUCCCCAUCAUCAAUACAGAGAUGCUCCGGCUUCAUCGAUCCGGAAGUACUCCGUCUCCCCAACAGGAGCUGCCCGGCCUCAUCCCUUCUAUUAUGCUCCCCAUGCACCCACCGAAGCAUCCUUGGCUAUCCUCACACCACCAGCCCCAACAUUGCUCCCCUCCGAGCGUCGACGCGGGCAGCAAGGGCAAGACGGCAUGGCCGCGGCGCGGUUCUUCCUGACAUCACGGGGCAACGGCGUGGGCAUGCGCUGAGAAAGAAGCGGCGGCGAGGCACGACAGCUGCGGGCAUCUGGAACGCAGCCCCGCCCGCUGAACUCCCGCAGCUCCCCGCAUCCGGCAAGGAUGGCAAGCAGCUGCUCCCUGGGCAGGUAGGAGCGGUCCAGGUAGAGGGAGCGGAGCCCGGGCAGCGAGCGUGCCACCGCCGCCACGUCCUCGGGCUUCACGGCCCCCGAGGUCUUGAGCCUCGUGAAGCCGGGGCAGUGCCGCGCUAGCUACGCGGCGAGCGCCGAGAAGGUGGUGGAGGAGGAGGACGGCUUGGUCGCUCAGGCGUGGGGCUAGGAUCCAGCGGUUCAAUGAUGACGACCUGGACAAGGAGUUCGCCGCCGGUGGCGGCGGUUUCUGCGACUCGUCCGACGUGGAUGUGAGCCGGCGCGUCAUCUCAACGGCGGAGACAGCGCAACGUCCCGGCGGCACAGGCAGUGCGACAUUCCUCUCCUCCCCCGGUGUCCUCCGAUGCGACGCUCCUCUCCUCCGGUUUGACAGUGCCGCUCCUGCAUCUGCACCAACACUGCUCCAGCGUUCUGCGUCUACAUCAACGCCGCUCCUAGGAAACAAAGGAUCCACCACCGCAACCACAUCUCACUUGUCGAGCUUUGGUGUGCAGCGAUCAUCCGAAGCAGAAAUUAGAGCACGUUCUGGCCAUGGCCAGGUAGACAGCCAAAAUCUUCUACAUGGAUCCGGUGGAAAAUAACAGUGGCCGCACUCCAUUAGGAAAUUUGACAAACACCGCCAAUGCAGGUUGUCAGAGUGUAUCCAAUUCACUCACACCAGUUGACGAUGCUAAGAAACGCAAACGAGAAAGGGAAAGAGCACGAUAUGCGGAACAAAGGAAUGAAAUAAAUAUGAAGCGUCGUGAAAAAUAUCAUAUAAAAAAACAACAAAGUACGCUCACCGACAGAUGGAGAGGUGACAUACCAAACAAAUUAAAAACCAAUUUAUGUGCAUUACCCUUUAGCUCUUAUUUAUGGUGUAACAAUUAUGUAGCUGAUGGAGUUGUAUUAGGUGAAGACACGGAUAAUGAUGAAAGUAAUGAUUGGUUGCAUAGGAAUGAUUCCUACCAACCCAUGCAGAUUGGUAAAGAGAACCUAGCUGCAUCUGAUCCUGCUAACACCAUGAAACACCCUAUGAAGAAUGAGUCAAAAAAAUUGUAUGAUAGGGAGCGCUACAAAAGUAUGACGCCUGAUCAGAGGCAAGCAAGGCGUGAACGUCAAAGGUUGCAUAACAGUGAACUCAAACGUAAGGAGGCCUUGAAAAUAGCUGACAAAAAAAUUUAGAGAGAUACGGAAGCACACCCUACACCCAGAGUCAAUUGCCAUGGAGAACCCGUUAUAUAUUCCUGAACCCGCUCUUGGAUCCACACUGAAAUCCAAUGAUUGGUUUAUCCCAGAGUCCAGUGCAACACCUCUUUAUAUUCCUCCAUCUCAUGAAGAGGCCGAUGAUGAAGGAUGUGAUGAGUCAAUAUCUAGCCAUAUAACAAAACGAUCACAUGUUCCAUCUGGACAAAGACAUGUGUUGUUAACGCAUCGUAACAUGAUGUUUGAGCGUCGCAUUGGUUCGAACACAAGGGCAUCUAAUAAAGAUGGUGAUUGCACUGGUUCAAACACACCCUUGCCUCAAUCAGUCAUGACCAUCAAUGAUAGGGCAAGACCCAACAUUCAGGCUACAUCGGCCACACCGAUGGCACCACUAUUUGAUGAAUAUAAUUGCAUGGGUGAAGAACACCUAAAUGAUAACACAUCCUUGCCUGAAUCAGUCUUGACCAACAAUGAAAGGAUAGGGCCUAGCCUGCAGCCUACAUCAAUCGCACAUACAACACCAUUAUUUUAUGAUAGUGAUAAUGAUGAGGGAGAUAUAUUUGAAGAGGAUGAGGAAGAGGAUGAGGGAUACCUAUUUGCUGGGCAAGAUGAGGAAGAUGAUGAUGAUGUCCAAGACAAUAAGCUUGAGGAAGACAUUACUUCUAUCCCUAAAGUACCUGACCCAUAUGAUGGGGUGUAUAGUAACAUGCCUACACAUACCCAUAUGCUAAAACCUGUUGCAAAUUGCGAGCAUUGCAAUGCGAAAAGGUUUGAGCAUGAACCACGUGGGUUUUGUUGCCGCAGCGAAAAGAUUGAGCUCAGUGAACAGAACAUACCUGAUGAGCUUAUGAGGCUUUGGUCAAGUAACGAUGCAGAUGCUAGGCACUUUCGUGACAACAUUAGAUUUUUCAAUGGCCAUUUCUCUUUCACUUCUCUAUAUUGUCGUCUUGAUAGAGCUACUGCAACAAUGAAAAACAGUGGCAUAUACACAUUCCGUGCACAUGGCCAGAUCUAUCACAACAUAAGGUCAUUUGGUAGAGAAGAUGGUAUGGAGCCAAGACAUCUUGAGCUUUACUUCUACGACGAUGAUCCAAGCCUUGAGCAUCGCUACCGACGAUGUCGUGAAGAGAAGUGCCAAAAAGACAAGGAAGUCAUUGAGAGGCUUGUGGCCAUCCUUCGUGACAACCCAUAUUCACAAAAACUUAGGAGUGUAGGCCAGGCUGAACACCUCGAGGACUAUCAUGUCACACUAAACCUUGACCAGAGGCUUGACCAGAGAACAUACAACGCACCGUUAGCUUCAGAGGUGGCUGCCGUUUGGAUCGAGGGAAGCGAACUCCUUGGUCAGUUCCAAAAUAGUGUUGUCUUGCAUGGGAAAGAUAGAAGCAGACAUGGCAUCCGCUCGUAUCAUGGAUGUUAUGAUGCUCUUUCAUACCCUCUAUUCUUCCCUAGGGGUGAGCUUGGGUGGCACAUGGAUAUUCCUAAAAAGGGAGUUAGUAUGGAAGAAGUCAUCGAGUACCGUGCCCUACAGAAGGCUCAUAGUGGGUCCGAAGAAGAAAUAGGUUUGUUCGUCUUAUUUAAUAAAUACUUCACAUGCAUGUGCCUUAAUAGUUAUGCUACAAACAACUCUAAUUCAUGGCUAUUUUUUUGUAGACUCUCCUGGUAGACUUUGUGUCUCUGUGCGUGACUACUAUUGCUACAAAUUUCAAAUGCGUCCUGGAAUAUUUAACCCCAUACUUUAUGGCAAGCGUUUAUUCCAGCAGUUUGCAGUUGACACAUACAUAAAGAUUGAGAGCUCUCGAUUAGAUUAUAUACGCAACCAUCAAGAUGAUAUUAGGGCUGACCUCUACCAAGGAUUGGUUGAUAGCCUACAUGCUGGUGAAGGUAGAGCAGAAGCUGUUGGAAAGCGGAUAGUGAUGCCUUCAUCAUUUAUUGGAGGCCCACGUGACAUGAGGCGUCGGUAUAUGGAUGCCAUGGCUCUUGUACGGAGGUUUGGUAAACCAGACAUCUUCCUUACUAUGACAUGUAAUCCGAACUGGGAUGAGAUCAAGCGUGAACUCUACCCUGGCCAGAUGCCACAAGAUCGUCCAGAUCUCGUUGUUCGAGUGUUUAGAGCAAAACUACAAGAGCUAAAGGAUAGGCUACUAAAGAAGGAUAUCCUUGGAAAGGUUCGGGCACAUGUUUAUGUUGUGGAGUUCCAGAAGAGGGGUCUGCCGCAUGCACAUUUUUUGCUAAUUAUGGAUAGGAAGUACAAGAUCACGUGCCCAGAGCAGUAUGAUCGCCUCAUCUCAGCUGAGCUACCAAACAAGAAGAAGUACCCAGUCUUGUAUAAGAUGGUUACAAAACAUAUGAUGCAUGGCCCUUGCGGAGUGCUUAAUCGCAAUUGUCCAUGCACAAAGGGUCGUGAUUCCUGCAAGAACCGUUACCCUCGACCUUUCUGUGAUGUCACAAUACAGGGCAAGGAUUCAUAUCCAAUUUAUAGACGGCGUGAAGAUGGACGAAAAGAAAAAGUUCGUGGCCAUGAGCUUGACAACAGAUGGGUCGUGCCUUACAACCCAUAUCUCCUCUAUUUGUUCAACUGCCACAUCAAUGUUGAGGCAUGUGGGAGCAUUAAGGCAGUCAAAUAUCUAUUUAAGUAUAUUUACAAGGGUCAUGACCGAGCAUCUGUGGCUGUGAGAGAGGUUGACAAGGAGGAUAGUGAGGGGAACAUUGAUGAGAUCAAGCAAUAUAGAGAUGCCAGAUGGGUAACCCCACCAGAAGCCUUGUGGAGGAUAUACGGUUUUGAUUUGAGUGACAGGAACCCUUCUGUUUUGUCCUUACAACUUCAUCUUCCAGACAUGCACAUGGUAUCAUUUCAUCGACGCGAGGGGGUUCGACGAGUGCUUGAUCGCCCAGGUGUUGAAAAGUCAAUGCUCACAGCGUACUUCGAGAAGAAUAGGACAGAUGAAACAGCCCGAGGUAUACUAUAUCGAGACUUUCCAGAGUUCUAUACAUGGCAAGCACAGGGUAAAGUUUGGCAAAAGAGGGUACGUUCUGGUACAUUGCGACAGAUUGGAAGAAUCGUGUCUGCUAAUCCAGCUGAGGGGGAGCGUUACUAUCUUAGGGUUCUCCUGAACCACGUGGCAGGUGCAACCUCCUUUGAGUGUCUAAGGACCGUUGAUGGCAAACUCCUACCAACCUUCCGUGAAGCUGCAGAAAGAAGGGGCCUAAUCGAAGAGGACAACACAUUGGAUGAGAGUCUUGCUGAGGCAACCGACUGGAUGAUGCCAUAUGCAUUGCGAAGGCUCUUUGCAACAAUAUUGGUUUUUUGUGAGCCCAGUAAUGUCCUCGGACUAUGGGAGAAACACAAGGAUGCUAUGUCAGAGGACUACAAGUGUAAUAAUCAAUCCAUCUCCAUGGUGGAGCAGAUGGUCCUCAUAGAUAUUCGAAAGUUGCUACAAUCAAUGCAGAAGGAUAUAAAGUCAUACCCACUUCUAGAUAUCGAUGACACGUAUGACGCCUCCCAUGAUAUUCCUAGAGAGAUUUUUGAGGAGGCUAGCAUUGAGGCUAACAAGGAUGAUGUGGCUCUGUUAGACACCCUUAAUGUGGAGCAGCGGGCUGCCUACGAUGAGAUUAUGUCCUCGGUUGAUACUAAACAUGGGGGUCUCUUCUUUGUGGAUGGUCCUGGUGGGACCGGAAAGACUUAUCUCUAUAAAGCACUUCUUGCUACUAUACGUAGUCAGAAAAAGAUUGUCGUGGCAACAGCUACAUCUGGUGUUGCGGCAUCAAUAAUGCCUGGUGGUAGAACCGCCCACUCGCGCUUCAAGGUUCCCCUCACCCUCGAUGAUGGGGCCUUCUGUAGCUUUACAAAACAGAGUGGUACUGCCAAGCUACUUCGGAUUGCAUCCCUUAUUAUUUGGGACGAGGUGACAAUGAUGAAGAGGCAAGGUGUCGAAGCACUAGACAUCAGUCUCCGUGAUGUAAUGGACCAACCUGAGCUGCCGUUUGGAGGGAAGACCGUAGUGUUUGGUGGAGAUUUUAGACAGGUUCUUCCUGUUGUUCGGAGAGGGUCGAGGGCUCAGGUGGUCAGUGCUUCGCUACGGAUGUCAUACCUUUGGGAUUGCAUGAGCCAUCUCAAACUGGUGCAUAACAUGAGGGCAAAGAGUGACCCAUGGUUUGCAAAAUACUUGCUGCGCAUCGGUGGAGGUUCUGAGGAGGCGAAUGGCGAUGAUGAAAUCUGUCUUCCUCAUGAUAUAUGCAUACCGCACACUGGGGACGAUAGUGACCUUGAUACUCUAAUUGAUUGCAUAUUCCCUAACCUCAAUGCAAAUAUGUCAAGCAAAGAUUAUAUCACCUCUCGAGCAAUAUUAUCAUCACGGAAUGACUGUGUAGAUAUGAUUAAUAUGAAGAUGAUUAGUCGUUUCCAUGGGGAUGAGAUGGUGUACCAUAGCUUUGACUCUGCGGUGGAUGAUCCGCACAACUACUAUCCUGAGGAAUUUCUUAACACUUUGACACCUAAUGGUCUACCGCCACACGUGUUAAAGCUAAAGAUUGGCUGCCCAGUCAUAUUGCUUAGGAACAUUGACCCUGCCAAUGGACUUUGUAAUGGUACCAGGCUUAUCAUACGAGGGUUCCAAAAGAAUACCGUGGAUGCAGAAAUUGUGGUGGGACAACACACUGCAAAGAGGGUUUUUCUGCCUCGCAUACCCUUGUGUCCGUCGGACGACGAGAUGUUCCCUUUCCAAUUUAAAAGAAAGCAGUUUCCUAUUCGGCUCAGCUUCACAAUGACCAUUAACAAGGCACAGGGGCAGACUAUCCCUACUGUUGGGGUAUACUUGCCAGAACCAGUGUUCUCACACGGCCAAUUAUAUGUAGCACUAUCCAGAGUCACGGCAAGAUCAAACAUUAAGAUCCUGGUCGUGCCACCUGAUGAGAAGGACGUGACUAAGGAGAAGGGGAAGAAGAAACCGACAAAGGAUAUAUUCACAAAAAAUAUCCUAUAUAAAGAGGUUCUGACUAGAUAAAAGAGAUAAUGCACCGAUACAUUUUUGCAAGAUAUCAACACUCUUUAGCUUUAAAAAUUAAUAAACUUUUAUAUACAGGAUACUUCCAACUAUAAUUUCAACCAUCUGCAGCAAGG